GCUACAGAAACAAAACGGAAAAAUCCACACAGGCCAAUGGUGUUCGGGAAGAGAAUAACCCCAUUGCCUUGAGUUUGUAGGUGCCACUACUACUCUGGGAAAAUGGCAGAUGACGAAGAAUAUGAGGAGGUGGUGGAGUAUCACACAGGGGAGACAGUCUAUGAAGAGGUGUGGGAGGAGACAGUAACAGAAAUCUAUGAAACUACAACAACAAAGACAUCUGACUAUGGGCAAGCAGAAACUUCCAAACCGGCACUGGCACAGCCAGUACCAGCAAAGCCGUUGGAGAGGAAGAGAAUCAUUCGAAAGAAGAUGGACUGUUCAAAGUUCAUGACCCCUUACAUUGCACACAGUCAGAAAAUGCAGGAUCUCUUCAGCACAAAUAAAUACAAGGAGAACUAUGAGAAAGCAAAAGGACAGCCAUACGCCAUCACAACUGAUACCCCAGAACUUCGCAGAAUCAAGAAAGUACAAGAUCAACUCAGUGAGGUUAAGUAUCGAAUAGAUGGCGAUGUUGCUAAAACUAUUUGUCACGUAGACGAAAAAGCGAAGGACAUUGAACAUGCAAAGAAAGUGUCGCAGCAAGUCAGUAAGGUUUUAUACAAGCAGAACUGGGAAGACACCAAGGAUAAGUACCUGCUUCCUCCUGAUGCCCCUGAACUUGUCCAGGCCAUCAAGAACACAGCCAUGUUCAGUAAGAAACUUUACACUGAAGACUGGGAAGCUGACAAAACUUUGUUUUAUCCAUAUAAUGAUAGCCCGGAGCUGAGGAGGGUUGCCCAAGCCCAGAAAGCUCUCAGUGAUAUUGCCUACAAAAAAGGUCACGCUGAACAGCAAACUCAAUUCACAUCUCUGCCGGAUCCUCCAGACAUAGAAUUUGCCAAGAAAGUGACCAAUCAAGUGAGCAAGCAAAAAUACAAGGAAGACUAUGAAAAUAAAAUCAAAGGCAAAUGGAGUGAGACACCUUGCUUUGAAGUUGCAACCGCCAGAAUGAAUACUAAUAACAUCAGCACAAGGAAAUACCAGGAAGACUUUGAGAAUAUGAAAGACCAGAUCUACUUCAUGCAGACUGAAACACCAGAGUACAAAGCGAAUAAACAAGCUGGGGUGGCAACUAGCAAGGUAAAAUACAAAGAAGACUAUGAAAAGAAUAAAGGAAAAGCAGAUUAUAAUGUACUUCCUGCUUCAGAAAACCCACUGCUCAGGCAGCUGAAGGCGGCAGGAGUUGCCCUAAGCGAUAAACUGUACAAGGAAAACUAUGAAAAGACAAAGGCAAAGAGCAUAAAUUUCUGUGAGACCCCCAAAUUUAAGCUUGAUACAGUUCUGCAGAACUUCGUUAGUGAUACUAAAUAUAAAGAUUCCUACUUAAAGAAUAUUUUGGGACAUUAUGUAGGCAGCUUGGAGGAUCCAUAUCAUAUACACUGCAUGAAAGUCUCAGCUCAGAACAGUGAUAAAAACUACAAAGCAGAAUAUGAAGAGGACAGAGGCAAAGGCUUCUUCCCCCAGACCAUAACUCAAGAAUAUGAAGCAAUCAAGAAACUAGAUCAGUGUAAAGAUUACACCUACAAAGUCCAUCCAGAUAAGACAAAAUUCACUCAGGUCACCGACUCUCCUGUUCUGGUGCAAGCCCAAGUCAAUUCCAAACAGCUGAGUGAUCUAAAUUACAAAGCAAAACAUGAAAAUGAAAAGUUCAAGUGCCAUAUACCUCCAGAUACUCCUGCCCUUAUCCAGCACAAAGUCAAUGCCUAUAACCUGAGUGAUAAUGCUUAUAAGUAUGACUGGGAGAAGACCAAAGCUAAGAAGUUUGACAUUAAGGUGGAUGCCAUUCCCCUGCUGGCAGCCACGGCCAAUACCAGGAUCACUAGCGAUGUGAUGUACAAGAAAGACUAUCAGAAAAACAAAGGAAAGAUGAUUGGAGCCCUCAGCAUUAACGAUGAUCCCAAGAUGCUGCACUGUUUGAAGACGGCCAAAAACCAGAGUGAUCGUGAAUAUCGUAAAGACUAUGAAAAGUCAAAAACUAUCUACACGACACCUCUUGAUAUGCUCCAAGUGACUCAAGCUAAGAAAUCUCAGGCAAUUGCCAGUGAUGUGGACUAUAGGCACCUCUUACACAGUUACAGCUACCCGCCGGACAGCAUUAACGUGGACCUUGCCAAGAAGGCUUAUGCACUGCAGAGUGAUGUCACAUACAAAGCUGACUACAACAGCUGGAUGAAAGGUUGCGGCUGGGUACCUUUUGGGUGCUUAGAAAUGGAAAAGGCAAAGCAAGCUUCAGACAUUCUUAAUGAGAAAAAAUAUCGCCAACAUCCAGAUACUCUCAAGUUUACUUCGAUUGAAGAUGCUCCAAUUAUAGUACAGUCUAAGAUUAACCAGGCCCAGAGGAGUGAUAUUGCCUACAAAGUCAAAGGGGAGGAAUUUAUUCACAAGUACAGUCUGCCGGCGGAUGUGCCCCAGUUCAUUCAGGCUAAAGUCAACGCCUACAAUAUCAGUGAGAAUAUGUACAAAGCAGACUUGAAAGAUCUGAGCAAGAAGGGAUACGACCUGAGAAACGAUGCGAUCCCCAUCAAAGCUGCCAAAGCUGCCAGGCAGGCGGCGAGUGACGUUCACUACAAAAAAGAUUAUGAAAAAGCCAAAGGGAAAAUGGUUGGCUUCCGAAGUCUCCAAGAUGAUCCUAAACUGGUUCAUUAUGUGAAUGUGGCCAAGAUACAAUCGGACCGGGAGUAUAAAAAAGACUAUGAGAAGACAAAGACCAAAUACAACACACCCCAUGAUAUGUUCAACGUUGUGGCAGCUAAGAAAGCUCAGGAUGUUGCCAGCAAUGCCAACUAUAAGCAUUUGCUUCAUCACUACACCUACCUGCCUGAUGCCAUGGACCUGGAAUUGUCGAAAAACAUGAUGCACAUACAGAGCGAUAAUGUCUAUAAGGAAGACUACAACACCUGGAUGAAAGGCAUAGGCUGGAUACCUAUUGGCAGUCUGGAGGUAGAAAAAGUUAAAAAGGCAGGUGAUGCCCUGAAUGAAAAGAAGUACAGGCAACAUCCAGACACCCUCAAAUUUACCAGCAUCGUGGACUCCCCAGUUAUGGUCCAGGCAAAACAGAACACACAGCAAGUCAGUGAUAUCUUAUACAAAGCUAAAGGAGAAGAUGUGAAACAUAAAUAUACGAUGGGUCCUGAUGUUCCUCAAUUUCUCCAGGCCAAGUGCAAUGCUUACAAUAUAAGUGAUGUCUGUUAUAAACAGGACUGGCAUGAUUUAAUAGCCAAGGGCAACAAUGUGCUGGGUGACGCUAUACCCAUCACUGCAGCCAAAGCAUCAAGAAACAUUGCCAGUGACUAUAAAUACAAGGAAGCUUACGAGAAGGCAAAGGGAAAGCAUGUGGGUUUUAGAAGCCUCCAGGAUGAUCCUAAGCUCGUCCACUAUAUGAAUGUGGCAAAGUUACAGUCUGAUCGUGAAUACAAGAAGAACUAUGAAAACACCAAAACCAGCUACCAUACCCCUGGGGACAUGGUUAGCAUUACAGCUGCAAAGAUGGCCCAGGAUGUUGCCACCAACAUCAACUACAAGCAGCCGAUACAUCACUACACAUACCUACCUGAUGCCCUGAGUCUUGAGCAUACCAGGAAUGUGAAUCAAAUUCAGAGUGAUAAUGUAUAUAAAGAUGAGUACAACAACUUCUUCAAGGGCGUUGGAUGGAUCCCUUUUGGUUCUCUGGAGGUUGAGAAGGCCAAGAAAGCAGGCGAUGCAUUAAAUGAGAGAAAGUACCGACAGCACCCAGAUACCAUCAAGUUCACAAGUGUGCCUGAUUCCAUGGGCAUGGUUUUGGCUCAGCACAACACAAAGCAGCUAAGUGAUUUUAACUACAAGGUGGAGGGAGAGAAACGGAAGCACAAGUACACUAUGGACCCUGAUGUACCGCAGUUUAUUCAAGCCAAGGUCAAUGCCUUCAACAUCAGUGAUGCUAAUUAUAAAGCAGAUUGGAAGAAAACCCUUGCUAAGGGCUAUGAUUUGAGACCAGAUGCCAUUCCAAUUGUUGCUGCAAAAAGUUCAAGGAAUAUUGCUAGCAAUUUCAAAUAUAAGGAGGCCUAUGAGAAAGCCAAAGGCAAACAAAUUGGAUUUCUCAGUCUUCAGGAUGAUCCUAAACUGGUUCACUACAUGAAUGUAGCCAAAAUACAGUCAGAUCGUGAGUACAAAAAGGGCUAUGAAGCCAGCAAGACCAAGUAUCACACCCCCUUGGAUAUGUUCAGUGUGACAGCAGCCAAGAAAUCUCAGGAGGUCGCCACCAACACCAACUACAGACAACCCUUCCACCACUACACCCUGCUGCCUGAUGCCUUGAACAUGGAGCAUUCCAGGAACGCGAUGCAGAUUCAAAGUGAUAACCUGUACAAAUCCGACUUCACCAACUGGAUGAAAGGGAUCGGCUGGGUGCCCAUAGAGUCACUGGAGGUGGAGAAGGCAAAGAAAGCAGGAGAGAUUCUUAGCGAGAAGAAGUACCGCCAGCACCCUGAGAAGCUAAAGUUCACGUACGCCAUGGACACAUUGGAACAAGCACUAAACAGAAGUAACAAACAGAUUAUGAACAAGAGACUCUACAGUGAAAAAUGGAACAAAGACAAGACCACCAUUCAUGUCAUGCCUGAUACUCCAGACAUUUUACUCUCCAGAGUCAACCAAAUCACCAUGAGUGAUAAACUGUACAAAGCUGGCUGGGAAGAAGAAAAGAAGAAAGGAUAUGACCUGAGGCCUGAUGCCAUCCCAAUAAAGGCUGCAAGAGCCUCCAGAGACAUUGCCAGUGAUUACAAGUACAGGCAAGCCUAUGAACAAGCCAAAGGGAAACACAUUGGCUUCCGGAGCCUAGAGGACGACCCCAAGUUGGUGCACUUCAUGCAAGUGGCCAAGAUGCAGUCAGACCGGGAGUACAAGAAGGCGUACGAGAAAUCCAAGACAUCCUUCCACACCCCGGUGGACAUGCUCAGCAUGGUGGCAGCCAAGAAGUCUCAGGAAGUGGCCACCAACACCAACUACAGGAACGUGAUCCAUACCUACAACAUGCUUCCUGAUGCCAUGAGCUUUGAAUUGGCCAAAAACAUGAUGCAGAUUCAAAGUGAUAAUCAGUACAAAGCUGACUAUGCUGACUACAUGAAGGGCAUUGGAUGGCUCCCUCUGGGCUCCCUGGAGGCUGAGAAAAACAAGAAAGCCAUGGAGAUUAUCAGUGAAAAGAAGUACCGCCAACACCCAGACACUUUGAAGUAUUCCACCUUGAUGGACUCAGUGAACAUGGUUUUGGCCAAGAAUAACGCAAAAAUUAUGAACGAACACCUCUACAAACAAGCAUGGGAGGCUGACAAGACCAAAGUCCACAUCAUGUCUGAUAUCCCCCAGAUUAUUCUGGCAAAGGCAAAUACAAUUAAUAUGAGUGAUAAACUCUACAAACUUUCUUUGGAAGAGUCUAAAAAGAAAGGCUAUGAUCUCAGAACUGAUGCCAUUCCUAUCAAAGCUGCCAAAGCCUCAAGAGAUAUUGCAAGCGAUUAUAAAUACAAACACAAUUAUGAAAAGGAGAGGGGGAAGAUGGUUGGUUUCCGCAGUCUUGAGGAUGAUCCCAAAUUAGUCCAUUCCAUGCAAGUGGCCAAGAUGCAAUCUGAUCGGGAGUACAAGAAAAGCUAUGAGAAAACCAAGACCAGCUACCACACCCCUGCCGACAUGCUCAGUGUCACGGCCGCCAAGGAUGCCCAAGCCAACAUCACCAACACCAACUACAAGCACCUGAUUCACAGUUACUUCCUCCCUCCAGACUCCAUGAACAUCCAGCUGUCCAAGAAUAUGAAUCACAUACAGAGUGAUAAUGUAUAUAAGCAGGACUACAAUGAAUGGUUCAAAGGGCUUGGCUGGAGUCCAGCUGGUUCUCUAGAAGUGGAGAAGGCCAAGAAAGCAACUGAAAAUGCCAGUGAUCAGAAAUACCGCCAGCACCCUAGCAACUUCCAGUUUAAGAAGCUGAAUGACUCCAUGGACAUGGUUCUUGCCAAGCAGAAUACGCAUACCAUGAACAAGUACCUAUACACCGUUGAUUGGAACAAAGAUAAAACCAAGAUUCAUGUGAUGCCAGAUACACCAGAUAUUUUACAAGCCAAGCAAAAUCAAACACAGUACAGUCAGAAACUCUAUAAACUUGGAUGGGAAGAAGCUUUGAAGAAAGGCUAUGAUCUCCCAGUUGAUGCAAUUUCUGUACAAUUGGCCAAAGCUUCAAGAGACAUUGCUAGUGAUUUUAAAUAUAAACAAGGCUACCGCAAGCAAGUCGGCCACCAUAUUGGAUUCCGGAGUCUGCAAGAUGAUCCAAAGCUUGUGUUGUCCAUGAACGUAGCCAAAAUGCAGAGUGAAAGGGAAUACAAGAAGGACUUUGAGAAGUGGAAGACCAAGUUCAGCAGCCCAGUGGACAUGUUGGGAGUGGUGCUGGCCAAGAAGUGCCAGACUUUGGUCAGUGACAUAGACUACAAGAAUUACCUGCACCAGUGGACCUGCCUGCCCGACCAGAGUGACGUUGUUCAAGCUAAAAAGGUUUAUGAACUACAGAGUGAGAAUUUGUAUAAGUCUGACCUUGAGUGGCUGAGAGGCAUAGGAUGGAGUCCCCUGGGUUCUUUGGAGGCAGAAAAGAACAAACGGGUUUCAAACAUCAUCAGUGAGAAGAAAUAUCGCCAGCCUCCAGACAGAAACAAGUUCACCAGCAUUCCUGAUGCCAUGGACAUAGUUCUGGCAAAGACAAAUGCCAGAAAUAGGAGUGAUAGACUUUAUAGAGAAGCUUGGGACAAGGACAAGACUCAAAUCCACAUCAUGCCUGAUACACCUGACAUUAUUCUGGCUAAAGCAAACUUAAUCAAUACAAGUGAUAAACUCUACCGAAUGGGUUAUGAGGAGCUGAAGAAAAAAGGUUACGAUCUUCCCGUUGAUGCCAUAUCACUCAAAGCAGCAAAAGCAUCCCGAGAAAUUGCCAGCGAAUACAAGUACAAGGAAGGUUUUCGCAAGCAGCUUGGCCAUCACAUUGGUGCCCGAGCGAUACAUGACGACCCCAAGAUGAUGUGGUCCAUGCAUGUGGCCAAGAUCCAGAGUGACAGGGAGUACAAGAAGGACUUUGAGAAGUGGAAGACCAAGUUCAGCAGCCCAGUGGACAUGCUGGAGGUGGUGCAGGCCAAGAAGUGCCAGACCUUGGUCAGUGACAUGGACUACAAGAACUACCUGCACCAGUGGACGUGCCUGCCCGACCAGAGUGACGUCAUGCACGCUCGGCAGGCCUAUGACCUCCAGAGCGACAAUAUGUACAAGUCAGAUCUCCAGUGGCUGAGAGGCACCGGCUGGGUUCCCAUUGGCUCUUUGGAUGUGGAAAAAUGCAAAAGGGCAACUGAAAUUUUGAGUGAUAAAAUCUAUCGCCAGCCUCCAGACAAAUUCAGGUUUACCAGUGUGACUGAUUCUCCAGAACAAGUGUUGGCCAAGAACAACGCCAUCACUAUGAACAAGCGUUUAUAUACGGAAGCCUGGGACAAAGACAAGACCCAGAUCCACAUCACAGCAGACACACCAGAAAUUACGCAGGCGAGAAUGAACAAAAUCAACUACAGUGAGAGUCGGUAUAAACUCGCCAAUGAAGAAGCAAAGAAGAAAGGCUACGACUUGCGAAGUGAUGCCAUCCCGAUCGUGGCAGCCAAGGCCUCCAGGGACAUCAUCAGUGAUUACAAAUACAAAGAUGGUUACCGCAAGCAGCUUGGCCAUCACAUUGGAGCGCGGGACGUGAAGGAUGACCCUAAGAUGAUGUGGUCCAUGCAUGUGGCCAAGAUCCAGAGUGACAGGGAGUACAAGAAGGACUUUGAGAAGUGGAAGACCAAGUUCAGCAGCCCAGUGGACAUGCUGGAGGUGGUGCAGGCCAAGAAGUGCCAGACCUUGGUCAGUGACAUGGACUACAAGAACUACCUGCACCAGUGGACGUGUCUCCCCGACCAGAGUGACGUCAUGCACGCUCGGCAGGCCUACGACCUCCAGAGCGACAAUUUGUACAAGGCCGACCUUCAGUGGCUCAGAGGCAUUGGCUGGUUACCUAGUGGCUCUCUUGAGGAUGAGAGGAACAAGAGAGCUACCCAGAUUUUGAGUGACCACGUUUACCGUCAGCACCCAGAUAAAUUCACGUUUUCCAGCCUUAUGGACUCCAUCCCAAUGGUUUUGGCAAAAAACAACGCUCUUACCAUGAACCACCAUCUCUAUACAGAAGCUUGGGAUAAAGAUAAAACCACUGUCCACAUUAUGCCAGACACCCCUGAAGUUUUACUCGCUAAGCAAAACAAAAUAAAUUACAGUGAGAAACUCUAUAAACUUGGCCUAGAAGAAGCCAAGAAGAAAGGCUAUGAUAUGCGGAUAGAUGCCAUUCCCAUCAGGGUGGCCAAGGCCUCCAGAGACAUUGCAAGUGAAUUCAAAUACAAAGAAGAUUAUCGUAAGCAGCUUGGCCAUCACAUUGGUGCCCGAGCGAUACAUGACGACCCCAAGAUGAUGUGGUCCAUGCAUGUGGCCAAGAUCCAGAGUGACAGGGAGUACAAGAAGGACUUUGAGAAGUGGAAGACCAGGUUCAGCAGCCCAGUGGACAUGCUGGGGGUGGUGCUGGCCAAGAAGUGCCAGACUUUGGUCAGUGACAUAGACUACAAGAACUACCUGCACCAGUGGACGUGCCUGCCCGACCAGAGUGACGUCAUGCAUGCUCGGCAGGCCUACGACCUCCAGAGCGACAAUAUGUACAAGUCAGAUCUCCAGUGGCUGAGAGGCACCGGCUGGGUUCCCAUUGGCUCUUUGGAUGUGGAAAAAUGCAAAAGGGCAACUGAAAUUUUGAGUGAUAAAAUCUAUCGCCAGCCUCCAGACAAAUUCAGGUUUACCAGUGUGACUGAUUCUCCGGAACAAGUGUUGGCCAAGAACAACGCCAUCACUAUGAACAAGCGUUUAUAUACGGAAGCCUGGGACAAAGACAAGACCCAGAUCCACAUCACAGCAGACACACCAGAAAUUACGCAGGCGAGAAUGAACAAAAUCAACUACAGUGAGAGUCGGUAUAAACUCGCCAACGAAGAAGCAAAGAAGAAAGGCUACGACUUGCGAAGUGAUGCCAUCCCGAUCGUGGCAGCCAAGGCCUCCAGGGACAUUAUCAGUGAUUACAAAUACAAAGAUGGUUACCGCAAGCAGCUUGGCCAUCACAUUGGAGCGCGGGACGUGAAGGAUGACCCUAAGAUGAUGUGGUCCAUGCAUGUGGCCAAGAUCCAGAGUGACAGGGAGUACAAGAAGGACUUUGAGAAGUGGAAGACCAAGUUCAGCAGCCCAGUGGACAUGCUGGAGGUGGUGCAGGCCAAGAAGUGCCAGACCUUGGUCAGUGACAUGGACUACAAGAACUACCUGCACCAGUGGACGUGUCUCCCUGACCAGAGUGACGUCAUGCACGCUCGGCAGGCCUACGACCUCCAGAGCGACAAUUUGUACAAGGCCGACCUUCAGUGGCUCAGAGGCAUUGGCUGGUUACCUAGUGGCUCUCUUGAGGAUGAGAGGAACAAGAGAGCUACCCAGAUUUUGAGUGACCACGUUUACCGUCAGCACCCAGAUAAAUUCACGUUUUCUAGCCUUAUGGACUCCAUCCCAAUGGUUUUGGCAAAAAACAACGCUCUUACCAUGAACCACCAUCUCUAUACAGAAGCUUGGGAUAAAGAUAAAACCACUGUCCACAUUAUGCCAGACACCCCUGAAGUUUUACUCGCUAAGCAAAACAAAAUAAAUUACAGUGAGAAACUCUAUAAACUUGGCCUAGAAGAAGCCAAGAAGAAAGGCUAUGAUAUGCGGAUAGAUGCCAUUCCCAUCAGGGUGGCCAAGGCCUCCAGAGACAUUGCAAGUGAAUUCAAAUACAAAGAAGAUUAUCGUAAGCAGCUUGGCCAUCACAUUGGUGCCCGAGCGAUACAUGACGACCCCAAGAUGAUGUGGUCCAUGCAUGUGGCCAAGAUCCAGAGUGACAGGGAGUACAAGAAGGACUUUGAGAAGUGGAAGACCAGGUUCAGCAGCCCAGUGGACAUGCUGGGGGUGGUGCUGGCCAAGAAGUGCCAGACUUUGGUCAGUGACAUAGACUACAAGAACUACCUGCACCAGUGGACGUGCCUGCCCGACCAGAGUGACGUCAUGCAUGCUCGGCAGGCCUACGACCUCCAGAGCGACAAUAUGUACAAGUCAGAUCUCCAGUGGCUGAGAGGCACCGGCUGGGUUCCCAUUGGCUCUUUGGAUGUGGAAAAAUGCAAAAGGGCAACUGAAAUUUUGAGUGAUAAAAUCUAUCGCCAGCCUCCAGACAAAUUCAGGUUUACCAGUGUGACUGAUUCUCCGGAACAAGUGUUGGCCAAGAACAACGCCAUCACUAUGAACAAGCGUUUAUAUACGGAAGCCUGGGACAAAGACAAGACCCAGAUCCACAUCACAGCAGACACACCAGAAAUUACGCAGGCGAGAAUGAACAAAAUCAACUACAGUGAGAGUCAGUAUAAACUCGCCAACGAAGAAGCAAAGAAGAAAGGCUACGACUUGCGAAGUGAUGCCAUCCCGAUCGUGGCAGCCAAGGCCUCCAGGGACAUCAUCAGUGAUUACAAAUACAAAGAUGGUUACCGCAAGCAGCUUGGCCAUCACGUUGGAGCGCGGGACGUGAAGGAUGACCCUAAAAUGAUGUGGUGCAUGCAUGUGGCCAAGAUCCAGAGUGACAGGGAGUACAAGAAGGACUUUGAGAAGUGGAAGACCAAGUUCAGCAGCCCAGUGGACAUGCUGGAGGUGGUGCAGGCCAAGAAGUGCCAGACCUUGGUCAGUGACAUGGACUACAAGAACUACCUGCACCAGUGGACGUGUCUCCCCGACCAGAGUGACGUCAUGCACGCUCGGCAGGCCUACGACCUCCAGAGCGACAAUGUUUACAAGUCUGAUCUCCAGUGGCUGAGAGGCAUUGGCUGGGUCCCCAUUGGGUCUGUGGAUGUGGUCAGGUGCCAGAGAGCUGCAGAGAUACUGAGUGACAACAUCUACCGCCAGUGUCCAGACAAGCUGAAGUUUACCAGUGUGGCUGAUUCUCUGGAACAGGUGCUGGCCAAGAACAAUGCCAUCAACAUGAACAAGCACUUAUACACAGAGGCCUGGGACAAAGACAAGACUCAAAUUCAUAUAAUGCCUGAUACCCCGGAGAUCAUGUUGGCGAGGCAGAACAAGCUCAACUACAGUGAGACUCUGUAUAAACUCGCCAAUGAAGAAGCAAAGAAGAAAGGCUAUGACUUGCGAAGCGAUGCCAUCCCGAUCGUGGCAGCCAAGGCCUCCAGGGACAUCAUCAGUGAUUACAAAUACAAAGAUGCUUACCGCAAGCAGCUUGGCCAUCACAUUGGAGCACGGGACGUGAAGGAUGACCCUAAGAUGAUGUGGUCCAUGCAUGCGACCAAGAUCCAGAGUGACAGGGAGUACAAGAAGGACUUUGAGAAGUGGAAGACCAGGUUCAGCAGCCCAGUGGACAUGCUGGGGGUGGUGCAGGCCAAGAAGUGCCAGACCUUGGUCAGUGACAUGGACUACAAGAACUACCUGCACCAGUGGACGUGCCUGCCCGACCAGAACGAUGUCAUGCACGCUCGGCAGGCCUACGACCUCCAGAGCGACAACAUUUAUAAAUCAGAUCUCCAGUGGCUGAGAGGCAUUGGCUGGGUCCCCAUUGGGUCUGUGGAUGUGGUCAGGUGCAAGAGAGCUGCAGAGAUACUGAGUGACAACACCUACCGCCAGUAUCCAGACAAGCUGAAGUUUACCAGUGUGGCUGAUUCCCUGGAACAGGUGCUGGCCAAGAACAACACCAUCACUAUGAACAAGCGCUUAUACACAGAAGCCUGGGACAAUGACAAGACCCAAAUCCACAUGAUGCCUGAUACACCUGAAAUUAUGUUGGCGAGACAAAAUAAAAUAAAUUAUAGUGAGAACCUCUAUCGCCAGGCCAUGGAAGAAGCCAAGAAAGAAGGCUAUGACUUAAGAAGUGACGCCAUUCCCAUCGUGGCUGCCAAGGCCUCCCGGGAUAUUGCCAGUGACUACAAAUACAAAGAAACUUAUCGUAAGCAGUUGGGUCACCAUAUUGGUGCCCGGGUGAUACAUGAUGACCCCAAGAUGAUGUGGUCCCUCCACGUUGCCAAAAUGCAGAGUGACCGUGAGUACAAGAAAGAUUUUGAAAAAUAUAAGACCAGGUUCAGCAGCCCAGUGGACACGCUUGGUAUCGUUUUGGCCAAGAAAUGUCAGACCUUGGUCAGUGAUGUGGACUAUAAACAUCCUCUGCAUGAGUGGACCUGCCUGCCCGACCAGAGUGAUGUCAUCCAUGCUCGGAAAGCUUAUGACCUCCAGAGUGAUAAUUUGUAUAAGUCAGACCUUGAGUGGAUGAAAGGCAUUGGCUGGGUUCCAAUUGGCUCCGUGGAAAUAGUUAAAGCCAAGAGGGCCGGAGAGAUACUGAGUGAUAACAUCUACCGCCAGCGUCCAGACACACUGAAAUUUACCAGCAUAACUGACUCUCUGGAGCAGGUGCUGGCAAAGAACAAUGCGAUAAACAUGAGUAAGCACUUAUAUACUGAAGCCUGGGACAAUGACAAGAAAACAAUCCAUGUCAUGCCUGAUACACCAGAAAUCAUGCUAGCCAAACUCAACCGAAUAAACUACAGUGAUAAACUCUAUAAACUUGCUUUGGAAGAGUCAAAGAAGGAAGGCUAUGACUUGCGCGUGGAUGCCAUUCCAAUCCAAGCAGCCAAGGCAUCAAGAAAUAUUGCUAGUGAUUACAAGUACAAGGAAGGCUACCGCAACCAGCUUGGCCACCACAUUGGGGCCCGAAAUGUUAAGGAUGACACCAAGAUGAUGUGGUCCAUCCACAUGGCCAAGAUCCAGAGUGACCGGCAGUACAAGAUGGACUUUGAGAAGUGGAAGACCAAGUUCAGUAGCCCAGUGGACAUGCUGGGAGUGGUGCUGGCCAAGAAGUGCCAGAUCCUUGUAAGCAACAUAGACUACAAGAAACCACUUCAUGAAUGGACCUGUCUGCCUGAUCAGAAUGACAUCAUUCAGGCUCGGAAGGCCUAUGACCUUCAGAGUGAUGCUAUUUACAAGGCUGAUCGUGAGUGGCUGAGAGGCAUUGGGUGGGUGCCCAUUGGCUCUAUGGAGGUCGAGAAUGUGAAGAGAGCGGGAGAAAUCCUGAGUGACAGGAAGUACCGCCAGCCCGCAGACCAGCUCAAGUUCACAUCCAUUACAGACACCCCAGAGAUUGUCCUGGCAAAGAAUAAUGCCCUGACCAUGAGCAAGCAUUUAUAUACAGAAGCCUGGGAUACUGACAAAACCUCCAUCCACGUGAUGCCGGACACCCCAGAAAUCAUGCUGGCCAAGAGCAAUUCUGCCAAUAUCAGCCAAAAACUUUACACCAAGGGAUGGGAUGAAUCAAAGAUGAAGGACUAUGAUCUGAGAGCUGAUGCUAUUCCCAUCAAGAGUGCCAAGGCCUCGAGGGACAUUGCCAGUGACUACAAAUACAAAGAAGCAUAUGAGAAACAGAAAGGCCACCACAUUGGAGCCCGGAGCGUUGAAGAUGACCCCAAGAUUAUGUGUGCCAUACAUGCAGGGAAGAUUCAAAGUGAAAGAGAGUAUAAGAAGGAUUUCCAGAAGUGGAAGACCAAGUUCAGUAGCCCAGUGGACAUGUUAGGCAUCUUGCUAGCCAAGAAAUGUCAGAUUCUGGUCAGUGACGUUGAUUAUCGAAAUUACCUGCAUCACUGGACGUGCUUACCUGAUCAAAACGACAUUAUCCAAGCAAGGAAGGCCUAUGAACUACAGAGUGAUAAUGUGUACAAAGCAGACCUGGAGUGGCUGCGUGGCAUUGGCUGGAGGCCAGAAGGCUCAGUAGAAAUGACCAGGGUGAAGGGUGCUCAAGACCUGCUGAAUGAAAGACUCUACAGGACACGCCCAGAAGCCUUGAAAUUCACUUCCAUUGUCGACACGCCAGCGGUUGUCCUGGCAAAAGCCAAUUCUCUGCAAAUGAGUGAGAAACUGUAUCAAGAAGCCUGGAAUAAAGAUAAAAGCAACAUAAGCAUUCCUUCUGACAUGCCAGUCAUACUGCAGGCCCAAAUCAAUGCCAUGCAAAUCAGCAAUAAACUCUACCAGAAAGACUGGGAUGAGGCCAAGCAGAAAGGCUAUGACUUGAGAGCAGAUGCCAUUGAAAUCAAGCAUGCCAAAGCCUCCAGAGAAAUUGCCAGUGAGUACAAAUACAAAGAAGGUUACCGUAAGCAACUGGGCCACCACGUGGGUUUCCGCAGCCUACAAGAUGACCCCAAAUUGGUAUGGUCUAUACAUGCUGCCAAGAUCCAGAGUGACAUAGAAUACAAGAAAGCUUAUGAGAAGUCUAAAGAAAUCCACAGUACACCGUUGGACAUGAUGUCCAUUGUUCAGGCCAAGAAAUGCCAGGUCCUGGUUAGCGACAUUGAUUAUCGCAAUUAUCUGCACCAGUGGACGUGUCUGCCAGACCAGAAUGAUGUGAUCCAGGCGAAGAAAGCCUACAAACUGCAGAGCGAUAACACGUACAAAUCAGACCUGGAAUGGCUGAAGGGUAUUGGAUGGUUGCCAGAGGGUUCCGUGGACGUGAUGAGAGUAAAGAAUGCCCAGAAUCUCCUGAAUGAAAGGUUGUAUCGCACAAGGCCUGAGGCCCUCAAAUUUACCAGCAUUGCUGAUACCCCUGAAGUUAUUCUGGCAAAGAUCAAUGCUGUACAGAUCAGUGAGCCAUUGUAUCGUGAUGCCUGGGACAAAGAGAAGGCAAAUGUGAAUGUACCAGCUGACACUCCAUUGAUGCUGCAGUCCAAGAUCAACACCAUGCAGAUCAGCAACAAACAGUAUCAGCAAGCUUGGGAAGAUGUCAAGAUGACCGGCUAUGACCUGAGAGCAGAUGCCAUCGGGAUCCGGCAUGCCAAGGCUUCCAGGGAUAUUGCCAGUGAUUAUCUAUACAAAACUGCUUACGAGAAACAGAAGGGUCAUUACAUUGGGUGUCGCAAUGCCAAGGAAGAUCCUAAACUGGUCUGGGCAGCAAAUGUGUUGAAGAUGCAGAAUGACAGGCUGUACAAAAAGGCCUACAAUGACCACAAGGCCAAGAUCACCAUCCCGACAGACAUGGUGUCCAUCAAUGCUGCCAAAGAAGGCCAGGCAUUAGCAAGCGAUAUGGACUAUCGCCACUACCUACACCAGUGGUCUUGCUUUCCUGACCAGAAUGAUGUGAUCCAAGCCAGGAAAGCCUAUGACCUGCAGAGUGAUGCCAUCUAUAAGGCUGACUUGGAGUGGCUGCGUGGCAUCGGCUGGGUGCCCAUAGGGUCUCCCGAAGUACUGAGAGUGAAAAAUGCCCAACAUAUCCUACAAGACAGUGUCUAUCGGACACCUGUGGUGAAACUCAAGUACACAAGUAUCGUUGACACACCUGAAGUUAUCCUUGCUAAAUCAAAUGCUGAAAAUAUUAGUAUUCCAAAGUACAGAGAAGCUUGGGACAUGGAUAAAACUUCAAUCCACAUAAUGCCAGAUACUCCAGAAAUUAAUCUUGCUAGAGCCAACGCUCUUAAUGUGAGCAAUAAAAUUUACCGCGAAGGUUGGGAUGCGAUGAAGAUGAGCUGUGAUGUACGGCUGGAUGCCAUCCCCAUCCAGGCCGCCAAGGCCUCCAGGGAGAUCGCCAGUGAUUAUAAAUACAAGCUUGACCAUGAGAAGCAGAAGGGACACUACAUGGGUACCCUCACAGCCAGGGAUGACAACAAGAUCCACUGGGCCCUCAUAGCUGGCAAGAUUCAGAAUGAAAGAGAAUACCGGCUGCACUGGGCCAAAUGGAAGUCUAAGUUCCAGAGCCCUCCGGAUAUGCUUUCCAUCACGCACUCUAAACAUUGCCAGGCUCUGGUCAGCGACAUUGAUUAUCGCAAUUACCUGCACCAAUGGAUGUGCAUGCCUGACCAGCGCGACGUGAUUCAGGCCAGGAAAGCCUACGAUCUGCAAAGCGAUGCUAUUUACAAGGCUGACUUGGAAUGGUUACGUGGGAUCGGCUGGAUGCCAAAUGACUCUGUUUCUGUCAAUCAUGCCAAGCACGCUGCAGAUAUCUUCAGUGAGAAAAAAUAUCGCACAAAAAUAGAAACUCUCAACUUUACUCCCGUGGAUGACAGAGUUGAUUAUGUGACAGCAAAACAAAGUGGUGAAAUCCUAAAUGAUAUUAAAUACCGAAAAGAUUGGAAUGACACCAAAUCAAAGUACACCCUCACAGAAACCCCUCAGCUGCACGCUGCCCAGGAGGCAGCCCGAAUACUGGACCAGUAUCUCUACAAGGAAAGCUGGGAGAAACAGAAAGCCACCAGUUACAUUUUGCCUCCGGACGCUGUACCGUUUGUUCAUGCCCAUCACUCUAGUGACGUUCAGAGCGAGCUGAAAUACAAAGCUGACCAUGUCAAGCAGAAAGGUCAUUAUGUUGGUGUCCCGACGAUGAGAGAUGAUCCUAAACUGGUUUGGUUCGAGCACGCAGGCCAGAUUCAGAACGACAGACUAUACAAAGAGCACUAUCAUAAAACAAAGGGCAGAAUCAAUAUACCUCCUGAUAUGGUGUCGGUGUUGGCGGCCAAGGAGGGGCAGGCCCUUGUCAGUGAUAUUGAUUACCGCAAUUACCUGCACCAAUGGAUGUGUCACCCUGACCAAAAUGAUGUUAUUCAGGCAAGGAAGGCCUAUGACCUACAAAGCGAUAAUGUCUACAAAGCUGACCUGGAGUGGCUCCGAGGCAUUGGUUGGAUCCCCCUGGAUUCUGUAGACCAUGUGAGGGUUACCAAGAACCAGGAAAUGGUGACUCAGAUAAAAUAUAAGAAAGAUGCUCUUGCCAACUAUCCUAACUUUACAAGCGUGGUGGAUCCUCCAGAGAUUGUUCUGGCCAAGAUUAACUCAGUCAAUCAAAGUGAUGUAAAAUAUAAAGAAACAUUUAAUAAAUUAAUAAAGGGCAAGUAUACCUUUUCUCCAGAUACACCAUAUAUCACCCAUUCCAAAGACAUGGGAAAACUCUACAGUACCAUACUGUAUAAAGGAGCGUGGGAGGGAACCAAGGCCUAUGGCUACACCUUGGACGAACGCUAUAUUCCCAUUGUUGGAGCCAAGCAUGCCGACUUUGUGAACAGUGAGCUUAAAUACAAAGAGACCUAUGAGAAGCUGAAGGGUCACUACCUGGCUGGAAAAGAAAUCAGUGAGUUCCCCAACGUGGUUCACAGUCUGGAUUUCCAAAAGAUGAGGAGUGCGUUGAACUACAGAAGACAUUAUGAGGACACCAAAGCAAAUGUUCAUAUCCCCAAUGAUAUGAUGAAUCAUGUGCUGGCUAAAAGGUGCCAGUACAUCCUCAGUGACCUGGAGUACCGACACUACUUCCACCACUGGACAUCUCUUCCAGAAGAACCCAAUGUUAUUCGGGUCCAAAACGCGCAGGAGAUCUUGAGUGAUAAUGUGUAUAAAAGUGACUUGAAUUGGCUGAAAGGCAUUGGAUGCUACGUUUGGGAUACACCCCAGAUCCUCCAUGCCAAGAAAUCAUAUGACCUCCAGAGUCAGAUACAAUACACGGCAGCAGGUAAAGAAAAUCUUAAAAAUUAUAACCUGGUCACAGAUACACCGCUUUACGUGACUGCUCUUCAAAGCGGCAUUAAUGCCAGUGAGGUGAAAUAUAAAGAAAAUUAUCAUCAGAUUAAAGACAAAUAUACGACAGUUCUAGAAACGGUGGAUUAUGACAGAACCAAGAAUCUGAAGGAUCUGUAUAGCAGUAACCUGUACAAGGAGGCCUGGGAUAAAGUGAAAGCCACCAGCUAUACCCUGCCUUCCAACACCGUGUCCCUGACACACGUCAAGAACCAGAAGCAUCUGGCCAGCCAUAGCAAAUAUCGGGAAGAAUAUGAAAAGUUCAAAGCUCUUUAUACUUUACCCAAAAGUGUUGAAGAUGAUCUGAACACAGCACGGUGCCUCCGAGUUGGCAAGUUUAACAUCGAUCGCCUUUACAGAUCCGUUUAUGAGAAGAACAAGAUGAAAAUCCACAUGGUGCCCGACAUGGUAGAGAUGGUUACCGCUAAGGAUUCUCAGAAGAAAGUCAGCGAGAUCGAUUACCGCCUUCACCUCCACGAGUGGACCUGCCACCCCGACUUGCAAGUCAACAGUCACGUCAGGAAGGUCACAGACGAGAUCAGCAAUAUUGUGUACAAGGAUGAUCUCAACUGGCUGAAAGGCACUGGUUGCUACGUCUGGGACACUCCUGAGAUUCUCCACGCCAAGCAUGCUUACAAUCUACGCGAUGAUAUCAAGUACAAAGCUCACGCGCAGAAAACAAGGAAUAACUACAAGUUGGUCACUGACACUCCCAUCUAUGUUCAGGCUGUCCAAAGUGGGAAACAACUAAGUGACGCCGUCUACCACCAUGACUACGUGCACAGCGUCAGAGGCAAAGUGGCUCCAACCACAAAAACUCUGGAUCUGGACCGGGCCCUUCAUGCACACAAGCUCCAGAGUGAGAAUCUGUACCGAAGACCUGGCCUGCACUCCCUGCCCACUGGAUAUAGGCUUCCGGUUGACACCCCUCACUUCAAACACACCAAGGGCACCCGAUACAUGAGCAGCUAUUUCAAGUACAAAGAAGUUUAUGAACACAUGAAGGCAAAUGGGUAUACCCUUGGACCCAAUGACGUCCCAUUUGUCAAUGUCCGAAGGGUCAACAACGUUACCAGCGAGAGACUGUAUCGACAGUUGUACCACAAACUAAAAGACAAGAUCCACACAACUCCCGACACGCCUGAAAUCCGCCAAGUCAGGAAGACACAAGAGGCUGUCAGCGAAUUGAUUUACAAAUCAGACUUCUUCAAGAUGCAAGGCCACAUGAUCUCUCUGCCAUACACACCCCAAGUGCUCCAUUGCCGCUACGUGGGAGACAUCACCAGUGAUAUUAAAUACAAAGAAGAUUUGCAGAUCCUGAGGGGACUGGGCUGCUUCCUGUAUGACACUCCUGACAUGGUCCGCUCCCGGCACCUGCGGAAGCUCUGGUCUAAUUACCUAUACACCGAUAAUGCAAGGAAGAUGCGAGACAAAUACAAAGUGGUGCUUGACACUCCAGAAUACAGAAAAGUGCAGGAAUUGAAGACACAUCUGAGUGAACUGGUGUACAAAGCUGCAGGCAAGAAGCAGAAGUCAAUCUUCACUUCAGUUCCUGAUACUCCUGAUCUUAUAAGAGCCAAGCGAGGGCAGAAGCUUCAGAGCCAGUAUCUGUAUGUUGAACUUGCCACCAAAGAGAGACCACAUCAUCAUGCUGGAAACCAGACCACAGCCUUGAAGCAUGCUAAAGACGUGAAGGACAUGGUCAGUGAGAAAAAGUACAAAAUUCAAUACGAAAAGAUGAAGGACAAGUACACUCCAGUUCCAGACACGCCAAUCCUCAUCAGAGCCAAGAAGGCUUACUGGAAUGCCAGUGAUCUACGCUAUAAAGAAACAUUUCAAAAGACCAAAGGGAAAUACCACACUGUGAAGGAUGCUCUAGACAUCGUUUAUCAUCGCACAGUCACAGACCACAUCAGUAAAAUAAAAUACAAGGAGAACUACAUGAGCCAGCUGGGAAUCUGGAGGUCCAUUCCUGAUCGCCCUGAGCAUUUCCACCAUCGAGCAGUCACUGAUGCAGUCAGUGAUGUAAAAUAUAAAGAAGAUUUGACCUGGCUUAAAGGCAUCGGUUGCUAUGCCUUUGAUACCCCCGACUUCACUCUGGCUGAAAAGAACAAGACUCUCUACAGCAAGUAUAAGUAUAAAGAGGUAUUUGAAAGGACGAAGUCAGAUUUCAAGUAUGUUGCUGAUUGUCCAAUCAAUAGGCAUUUCAAGUUUGCAACUCAAUUGAUGAAUGAGAAAAAAUACAGAGCUGAUUAUGAGCAGCGGAAAGAUAAAUACCACCUGGUAGUGGAUGAACCUAGACAUCUGCUGGCUAAGAUCGCAGGCGACCAGAUCAGUCAGAGAAAAUAUAAAUCUAGUGCCAAGAUGCUUCUGAAACAAGGAUGUAAUGAAAUUCUGCGUCCAGAUAUGUUGACUGCCCUCUACAACACAUACAUGUGGAGCCAGAUCAAGUACAGGAAAAAUUAUGAAGAAACAAAGGACAAGUUUACCUCAGUUGUGGAUACUCCAGAACACCUGCGUACUACAAAAGUCAACAAACAAAUUAGUGAUAUACUGUAUAAGUUGGAAUACAACAAGGCCAGACCCAGAGGCUACACCACAAUCCACGACACGCCCAUGUUGCUGCAUGUCCAAAAGGUCAAAGAUGAAGUCAGUGAUCUGAAAUACAAAGAAGUUUACCAGAGAACUAAGUCCAACUGUACUAUUGAGCCUGAUGCUGUUCAUAUCAAAGCAGCCAAGGAUGCCUACAAAGUCAACACCAAUCUGGAUUACAAGAAGCAGUAUGAAGCCAACAAAGCCCACUGGAGAUGGAUCCCUGACCGACCGGACUUCAUCCAGGCCGCCAAGUCAUCCCUACAGCAAAGCGAUUUUGAAUACAAGCUGGACCGGGAGUUCCUCAAGGGUUGCAAGCUUUCUGUCACUGAUGAUAAAGACAUGGUGCUGGCCCUGAAGAAUUCUAUAAUAGAAAGUGAUCUGAAAUACAAACAGAAACAUGUCAAGGAAAGAGGAACCUACCAUGCCGUGCCCGAUACGCCUCAGAUCCUCCUGGCAAAGGCAGUCAGCAAUCUGGUGUCCGAGAACAAGUACAAGCGGCAUGUGAAGAAGCACUUGGCUCAGGGCUCAUACACAACACUGCCGGAGACGCGGGACACCAUUCAUGUCAAGGAAGUGACCAGGAACGUCAGUGAUACAAAUUACAAGGAGAAGUUUGUCAAGGAGAAAGGAAAAUCCAACUACUCCAUCAUGCUGGAGCCCCCAGAGGUGAAACACGCUAUGGAGGUGGCCAAGAAGCAGAGUAAUGUCACUUACAAAAAAGAUGCUAAAGAAAACCUGCAUUACACAACAGUGGCCGAUCGGCCAGACAUCAAGAAGGCCACACAGGCAGCCAAACAGGCCAGCGAGGUGGAGUACAGAGCCAAGCACCGCAAGGAAGGCAGCCACGGGCUAAGCAUACUUGGUCGCCCAGACAUUGAAAUGGCCAAGAAGGCAGCCAAGCUGAGCAGCCAGAUUAAAUACCGAGAAAAUUUCAACAAAGAGAAGGGCAAGAGACCAAAAUACAAUCCAAGAGACAGCCAGCUCUUCAAAAUCAUGAAAGAUGCUAAUAAUCUCACAAGUGAGGUUAAGUAUAAGGCUGACUUGAAGAAACUUCACAAACCUGUGACUGACAUGAAGGAAUCUUUGAUAAUGAAUCAUGUCUUGAAUACAAGCCAACUCGCCAGUUCUUACCAGUACAAGAAGAACUAUGAGAAGAGUAAAGGCCACUACCACACAAUACCUGACAAUCUGGAGCAGCUUCAUCUAAAAGAGGCCACAGAAUUACAGAGUAUAGUGAAAUACAAAGAAAAGUAUGAAAAGGAACGAGGAAAGCCCAUGUUGGACUUUGAAACACCAACAUACAUCACUGCCAAAGAGUCUCAGCAGAUGCAGAGUGGGAAAGAAUAUAAGAAAGAUUAUGAAGAGUCCAUUAAAGGCAGAAACCUGAUUGGCCUGGAGGUCACGCCAGCUUUAUUACAUGUCAAAUAUGCAACCAAAAUAGCCAGCGAGAAAGAGUACAAGAAAGAUCUAGAGGAAAGCAUCCGUGGGAAGGGUCUCAGUGAAAUGGAAGAUACGCCCGACAUGCUAAGAGCAAAGAAUGCCACUCAGAUCCUCAAUGAGAAAGAAUAUAAGAGAGACCUGGAGCUGGAAGUCAAAGGAAGAGGCCUGAAUGCCAUGGCCAAUGAAACUCCUGACUUCCUCAGAGCCAGGAAUGCUACAGAUAUUGCCAGUCAGAUUAAGUAUAAGCAAUCAGCAGAAAUGGAAAAAGCCAAUUUUACUUCUGUGGUUGAUACUCCGGAGAUCAUUCAUGCCCAACAAGUCAAGAACCUUUCAAGCCAGAAAAAGUACAAGGAAGAUGCAGAGAAGUGCAUGUCAUAUUAUGAGACCGUUUUGGACACCCCAGAGAUGCAGAGGAUCCGGGAGAACCAAAAGAACUUCAGCCUUCUUCAAUACCAGUGUGACCUUAAAAACAAUAAAGGAAAAAUUACAGUUGUUCAAGACACGCCAGAAAUACUGCGUGUUAAAGAAAAUCAAAAGAAUUUCAGCUCGGUUUUAUAUAAAGAAGAUGUCUCACCAGGAACGGCGAUUGGAAAGACACCUGAGAUGAUGAGAGUGAAGCAAACCCAGGACCAUAUUAGCUCGGUGAAGUAUAAGGAGGCGGUUGGACAAGGAACCCCCAUCCCAGACCUGCCUGAAGUGAAGCGCGUCAAGGAGACACAGAAGCACAUCAGCUCGGUUUUGUACAAAGAAAACUUGGGAACAGGCAUUCCAACCCCUGUCACUCCAGAGAUUGAGAGAGUCAAACGCAAUCAAGAGAACUUUAGCUCGGUUUUGUACAAAGAAAAUCUGGGGAAAGGAACCCCAACCCCUGUCACUCCAGAGAUGGAGAGAGUCAAACGCAAUCAAGAGAACUUUAGCUCGAUUCUGUACAAAGAGAACUUGAGCAAGGGGACUCCUCUCCCUGUCACUCCCGAGAUGGAGCGGGUCAAGCACAACCAGGAGAACUUUAGCUCGGUGUUGUAUAAAGAAAACAUCGGGAAAGGGAUUCCAGUUCCCAUCACUCCAGAGAUGGAGAGGGUCAAACACAAUCAAGAAAACUUUAGUUCGGUGCUAUACAAAGAAAACCUGGGCACAGGAAUCCCAAUCUCCAUCACUCCAGAGAUGCAGAGAGUCAAACUCAAUCAAAAGAACCUUAGCUCGGUGUUAUACAAAGAAAACAUGGGCAAGGGAACCUCUUUACCUGUCACUCCAGAGAUGGAGAGAGUCAAACACAAUCAAGAAAAUAUUAGCUCGGUUUUGUACAAAGAAAAUGUGGGGAAAGGCACCCCAAUCCUUGUCACUCCAGAGAUGCAGAGAGUCAAACGCAAUCAAGAGAACAUUAGCUCGGUGUUAUACAAAGAGAACCUGGGGAAAGCUACCCCCGCACUCUUUACUCCCGAGAUGGAAAGAGUCAAACGCAAUCAAGAAAACGUUAGCUCGGUAUUGUACAAAGAGAAUAUGAGAAAAGCAACUCCGACACCGGUCACUCCAGAGAUGGAGAGAGCUAAGCGCAACCAAGAAAACAUUAGCUCGGUGCUUUAUUCUGAUAGCUUCCGGAAACAAAUACAAGGCAAAGCUGCCUAUGUCUUGGACACGCCAGAGAUGAGACGGGUGAGGGAGACCCAACGCCACAUCUCAACGGUGAAAUAUCAUGAAGACUUCGAGAAACACAAGGGUUGCUUCACACCAGUGGUGACAGACCCCAUCACUGAACGAGUAAAGAAAAACACACAGGACUUCAGUGACAUUAACUACCGAGGUAUUCAGAGAAAAGUGGUAGAAAUGGAACAAAAACGGAAUGACCAGGAUCAGGAAACUACUACAGGUUUACGUGUCUGGCGUACAAAUCCUGGCUCAGUUUUUGACUAUGAUCCAGCAGAAGACAACAUUCAGUCCCGAAGCUUACACAUGAUUAAUGCACAAGCUCAGCGCCGGAGCCGGGAGCAGUCUCGAUCUGCCAGCGCGCUGAGCGUCAGCGGCGGAGAGGAGAAGUCCGAGCAUUCAGAAGGUGCCCACCUCUCCACCUACAGCGACGGGGGCGUCUUCUUCUCUGCAACCUCACCAGCUUACAAACAUGCUAAAACCACAGAGCUCCCACAGCAACGAUCAUCUUCAGUUGCUACCCAGCAGACAACGGUAUCCUCCAUCCCAUCUCAUCCAUCUACUGCUGGAAAAAUCUUCCGUGCCAUGUAUGACUAUAUAGCUGCAGAUGCAGAUGAGGUGUCCUUCAAAGAUGGAGAUGCCAUUGUAAACGUUCAAGCUGUUGAUGAAGGUUGGAUGUAUGGCACCGUGCAGAGGACUGGCAGGACCGGCAUGCUCCCAGCCAACUAUGUUGAAGCUAUUUAGGAACUUCAAAGCACUGCACCUGUCUACAGCACCUACAAAUCUUGCCGUCAGUAUUUCAGUUUAGACUCGCCACUAUUCCCCGAGUUCUGAAGCUGCCUAGUGGUUUUUGUGUCAAUAUGAUUCAUGGUUGUACCAUCCCUUAACUUGUUUCUAUAU